UCAGCUGGAACCCUCGACUGGAAUAAACGACCGACAUCCAAAACAAGACAUAUUUUUAAACAAUCAUUCAUAAUAAAAGGCUCCGUUGCCAGCGAAACCGAACAGAAGAAAACAUUGGCUAAUUGAUCGCAAUUACUUAAUUCUAAAAUUAUUGGUGUAUUUGUUCAGAUAUAUCCACCACCGAUUCCUUUCCUAUUGCGCAUUAAUGUUAAUGCUGGCUUUCGCAUAAUAGUACUAUCUUUGCACAGGUGAAUUCACUUGUGUUCGCUCUGCGGUAAGCGGUACGUAAAUAUAUUUGUCGUUUCUUCAGCAAAUCUCUCGAAACAAAUAGGCUAAACGUCAAGAAAAAUCACAAUCGUUGCAUCUCUUGGAACAGUAGCCUACAUUCAAGAAGUCAAAGUAAUUAAGUAGUAAAUCAUCAAUAAUUUCUGUUUAUCUGAAACGCGUCCUGAAAAUUUCCACAAUGGCCGAUGCGACAGCAGAAUGCAACAUCAAGGUACUCUGCCGUUUUCGUCCUCUGAAUCAAUCGGAAAUCGUACGAGGGGACAAAUUUCUGCCCAAAUUUCAAGCAGACGACACCGUCAUCCUUGGGGGGAAGUCCUACGUGUUUGAUCGAGUCUUUCCUACCAACACCACCCAGGAGCAGGUCUACAACACCUGUGCCAAGCAGAUUGUCAAAGAUGUGCUGGGGGGGUAUAAUGGCACUAUAUUUGCCUAUGGGCAGACCUCCUCAGGGAAGACCCACACCAUGGAGGGAAAGCUGCAUGACCGGCAUGGGAUGGGCAUCAUCCCCAGGAUUGCGGAGGAUAUCUUUAACCACAUCUUUGCCAUGGACGAAAACCUGGAGUUCCACAUCAAGGUGUCCUAUUUUGAGAUCUAUAUGGAUAAGAUCCGUGACCUUUUGGAUGUGACUAAGACCAAUCUGGCUGUUCAUGAGGAUAAGAACAGGGUCCCUUAUGUCAAGGGCUGCACUGAGCGUUUUGUGUCCAGUCCCGAGGAGGUGAUGGAUGUGAUUGACGAGGGCAAAGCCAAUCGGCACGUGGCUGUCACCAACAUGAACGAGCACAGCAGCCGUAGCCACAGCAUCUUCCUCAUCAACAUAAAGCAGGAGCACGUGGAGACGGAGCAGAAGCUCAGCGGCAAGCUCUACCUGGUGGACCUGGCCGGGAGCGAGAAGGUCAGUAAGACGGGGGCUGAGGGAGCUGUCCUGGAUGAAGCCAAGAACAUUAACAAGUCCCUGUCAUCACUGGGCAAUGUCAUCUCUGCUCUGGCUGAGGGAACGAAAACCCACGUGCCGUACCGCGACAGCAAGAUGACCCGCAUCCUGCAGGACUCCCUGGGGGGGAACUGCCGCACCACCAUGUUCAUCUGCUGCUCGCCGUCCAGCUACAACGACGCCGAGACCAAGAGCACGCUGAUGUUCGGACAACGGGCUAAGACCAUCAGAAACACUGCCUCAGUGAACCUGGAGCUGACCGCAGAGCAGUGGAAGAAGAAGUAUGAGAAGGAGAAGGAGAAGAAUAAGGGCCUGAAGGAGACCAUCCAGAGGCUGGAGCAGGAGCUCAACCGCUGGCGCAACGGAGAGAAUGUUCCGGAGACGGAGCAGCUGAGCCCGGGGGCCCUGAAGACUGAGCCCAGCGAGGAGCCACCUUUGGACAACAGCUCCUCUAUUGUGGUGCGGAUCUCUGAGGAGGAACGCCACAAGUACGAGGAGGAGAUCCGCAAGCUGUACAAGCAGCUGGACGACAAGGAUGAUGAGAUCAACCAGCAGAGCCAACUGGUUGAGAAGUUGAAGGAGCAAAUGCUGGAUCAGGAUGAGCUCCUGGCGUCCACCCGGGGGGACAGUGAGAAGGUGCAGACGGAGCUGGGCCGGCUGCAGAUGGAGAGCGACUGUGCGAAGGCGGAGGUGAAGGAGGUGCUGCAGGCGCUGGAGGAGCUGGCCGUCAACUACGACCAGAAGAGCCAGGAGGUGGAGGACAAGAGCCUGCAGAACAAGCUGCUCGCCGAGGAGCUGGCCCAGAAAAUGUCCCACCUGAUGGCCAUAGAGUCGGAGCUGUCCCGUAUCCAGGAGGUGAGCGGCCACCAGAGGAAGCGCAUCGCCGAGGUGCUGAACGGCCUCAUGCGGGACCUGAGCGAGUUCAGCGCCAUCGUGGGGAACGGCGAGAUCAAGCUGCCGGUGGAGAUCAGCGGGGCGAUCGAGGAGGAGUUCACGGUGGCGCGGCUCUACAUCAGUAAGAUCAAGUCGGAGGUCAAGUCCAUGGUGAAGCGCUGCAGGCAGCUGGAGAGUCUGCAGCUGGAGUGCCACCGCAAGAUGGAGGAGACCGGCCGAGAGCUGUCUUCCUGCCAGCUGCUCAUCUCCCAGCACGAGGCGAAGAUUCGCUCUCUGACGGAGUACAUGCAGAAUGUUGAGCUGAAGAAGAGGCAGCUGGAGGAUAACUACGACUCUCUGAGUGAGGAGCUCGCCAAGCUGCAGGCCCAAGAAACGGUGCAGGAGGUGUCCAAGAAGGAGAGGCAGAAGGACAUUGAGGAAUCAGGCGAUGUCAAGAGGGCCCUGGAGCAGCAGAUGGAGUCUCACCGUGAGUCUCAUCACAAGCAGCUGGGCCGUCUGCGUGAUGAGAUCAACGAGAAGCAGAAGAUCAUCGACGACCUCACUGAUCGGAAUCAGAAGCUGCAGUUGGAGCUGGAGCAGCUUCGCUCUGACUUUGAGCGUCUGAAGAGCCAGGAGCACCGCAAGAGCGCACAGCUGGAGGAGCUGACAUUUCUCCAUGAGCGACAUGAGCAGUCCAAGCAGGAUCUUAAAGGGCUGGAGGAGACAGUGGCCCGGGAACUCCAGACCCUCCACAACCUGCGCAAGCUUUUUGUUCAAGACCUUACAACUCGAGUCAAAAGAAGUUCAGAGAUGGAGCCUGAUGAUAGUGGGGGGUAUACCACACAGAAACAGAAGAUUUCCUUUCUUGAGAACAACCUGGACCAGCUUACAAAAGUUCACAAACAGCUGGUACGUGACAAUGCAGAUCUGCGUUGUGAGCUUCCUAAACUGGAGAAACGUCUUCGGUCUACGGCUGAGCGGGUUAAGGCCCUGGAGGGCGCACUGAAGGAGGCCAAGGAGGGGGCGAUGAAGGACCGCCGCCGCUACCAGCAGGAGGUGGAGCGCAUCAAGGAUGUCAUGAGAGCCAAGAACCCACUGCGGCGCCCCCACGCUGCGCAGAUUGCAAAGCCAAUCCGGCCUGGUCACUACCCAGCCUCCUCCCCCACCAACCCCCUCUUCUCCCGCCCCACUGAGCACCCAAUCAGCCGCCCUGCAGAGCAGCCAAUCACCUUCAGCAAUGUACUGUUCCACGGAUCCGCCCAGUCCUCCGCUCCGGCGGCAAUCACCGCGCCUGCCCACGGCCCCAGUCCCGCCCACACCAGCACGCUUCCAGCUGAUGUCAGCAGCAAGACAGUGAACUCUACAGAAGCCCUGGAUUCCUACCAGCUUAAUGUGGACAACGGGAACACCACAGACAUCAAUGAUAACAGAAGUGAUGUGCCCUGCAGCAGCGAGGCAGAGGACCCGGCCAAGCGCUACGUCAUCCAGCAGGAGACCGCCGCCAGCUAGUGACAUGAGCAGGCGACUCUCCUGUAAAUCCGCAUGCUGCCCGUCAGCUUCUCCCUGAUCCCCCCCUCCUCUCCUCCUCCAGUCCCUCCUCCUCUCCCUCCCUCCUGCUGUCUGUAGCUAGCCUCUCCCCCUGCUUCCCUCACCCCUCCCCCCUCCCCCCUGCUCCCCACAUCCAUCCCUCCAGUCAACUGUCUGUAGAAACCAUGGCAACAUGCUGCACCUGGGCUCCGCACACCAGCAGCUCGCUUGCCCUUUGACCUCUCGACCCACAGUAUCCAAAUGAAAAGGGGAGGGGUUAGAGGGGAAAGGGGCGGAGUUAGAGGGGAAAUGGGAAGGUCCAACACUAAUGGACGUGCUGUUCCUGUCUUUGUUGAAAAUGCAGCAAAACAAACUAUUUAUGUGAAGUUAAUUUCAGAAACCCCUCCCCCAAAAAACCCUGUAUGUUAGGCUUUGCUCUUCCCCUUGAUGUCGUUGGACCGUGGUUUGGGGGGGUAUGUAUCUGUGCUCUACUGCUUGGAUGUCUUUGAGAAGAUUUUAACAUGGAAAUUUGGUAAUUAUUUAAUGAAACGACAAAUAUCUCUUGACAUCCCAGGCCUAUAAUGGAAGAACUGCAAAGCUGUCUCAUUGGAUGAAUAAUGUUAGCAGUGAGUUUUGAGUGGCUCUCUCUAUAAUCUUUUAAUAAUGUUUGUGCUGGAAACUCCAACAGCACUUUUUAGGGUGACCACAGCUCCCUGCUCUCACCUGUUCAGCCCCCUCUCUGCCUGCGCUGGCUUAGCCUCUGUACAACUGUGCUCAUGCAACACGCACACACACACACUCACACACACACACACACACUCACCCACACGCACACACACACACACACACACACACACAC